GCAGUUGUGCGAUUGGUGUUGGCUGGGUCGGUGGUUUAACAAUUGCAGUCGUUCAAUCGACCCGGUGUAUGCGUUACCAAGUAAAACGCUUCGGGUGCGUUAUAACAGCCACUGCGGUCUAUCCGGAUAUCAUCAGCUGUUGCAGAUCACCUGAGUGAAGGGAGGAAAGGAUCGUUUUUUAAAUUAAUUUCGUGUGUUGAGGAUUUUUCACUAAAUAUUCAGUGGUUGAAGUGCAGAUCGAGGAGUGACCCUGGAUCAUCCUGGAUCCGCCGCGGUGAUGUUUUGGGGGAGGGCUCAUGUUGUCUGAGACCUGGGGUCGUCGCACCUGACUGCACUUCUGGGAUUGUUAAGCAAACGCGUUUAAGGUACAUCUGGAGCUUCCGGUGUUGAUGUGGAUGGAAAUAGACUCGGUUGAUUGAUCUUUUGGGACUCAUGAUGCUAGUGGAAAGGGACAUUUUUCCAGUGGCUUUUUGGUGGUCAGACUAUUUUUGAAGAGGAAGUGUGGAUUCCGGGGAUUUGAUCGGUGAAAACGGAAAAAUUUUAUUGGAGAAUAUGUUCCUGCCUACCGUAGGUCGACGGGACGAGAUAAGUGGUGAUUUUCUGGAUUUUAAAUUUAUGCUGACUGCAGUCAUCGGAUAAAUCAACCCUUCCGGCAAAGGAUCCAAUUGAACAAUUUUUAUUGUAAACAUGUUCGCUGGGCACUAUUUCAGUUUGCUCCUAGGGGCACUCGCAGCUCUCGUCUUCUUGCAGACUGUCUGGGGAUUGGAAGAGAAUUGCACAGAUUUCCAAGGGGGAACAGUGACCCAUGGACUCCUUUAUGUCCCUGGACCGGCGGUAUGCAGCCUCUGUGUUUGUUAUCAUUCAGAACCGAUGUGGUGUAAAGCCAUUUACUGCUCACCCCCUUAUAAAUGUAAAAGAUUCAGAGUUGGCGAGCGUUGCUGUGAGUUCCAAUGCCUGAACAGUACAGCCCCAGACCUGGGUCUGCCGGAAUUCAGGAUAAACAGUUCAUCAACUCAAAACCACUCGAGAAAUCCACUCGUCAAUGUCUUGAGUAUCUUGACAAGCCUCCUUCUGGCAGAUAUAAUAACCGAUUAGCAUGCUGCUUCGUCGAAUAAUAACGGAGGUGUCAUGUUGAGGUGAGAGACCAAAGAGCACCAUGGAUUUUAUGAAUAAAUAAUGUCGGUGAGGAACGAGGAAAUAUUCAAGUGUCUUGUGCACUGUCAACUCGAUAAUUGUGAGACUGCAGACGUCAUCGGAAGAUCGAGAAGAGAGACCAAAGAGCACGAUGGAUUUUGUGAGUAAAAUGCCGGGGAGGAACGAGGGAAUAUUCAAGUGUCAUGUGCAUUGUCAACUCGAUAAUUGUGAGACUGCAGACGUCAUCGGGAGAUCAAGGAGAUACUUGAUGGCUCCUUGCACUGUCUGCCUUCCCUGGGACCUCUUGUGACGCCCCAGUUGCUGGAUCGAGUGAUAUGCGAUCACUUGCAUCACCAAUACUCGAGUAUUUCCCAUUGUCAGCCUCAUGGAUAUGUAUAUUUAAUAUUCCAAUGUUUUAUUGCUUCGAAUUCUUUUUUUUUCAUUAUUAAUGAUAAUGAUCGAUUGCUUUUCUAUUUAUUCUUCUUGUUAUAUGUCCAGAAAUUUAAUUCGUCUGCGGGAGCUGUUUUCUUUUUAAUUAGGAGUGAAUGAGCAAAAUGUAGUUCAUUCUUUCAGAUUUUUUUGUAAAUUUCUCGGGAUUGAAGGAAGGUGGGGAAAUGAAUCAGCGAAGCGGUAAAACGGGUUAAGGAUAGCUGAGUACUUUGGCUACUUUUUCUACUGUGAAAUGCUUUUCUACUUUUGUAGUUGAACAGCAGAGCUUUCAUUUGAGCCCCGUUUCACCUAGAGUUUCCGG